GCACUUUACUUUGUUCUAAGUUCCUUCUUCUUCUUCUUCCUCUCUUUUUCCUUUCUGCAUUUUGUUUCUUUUCUUCUUCUGUGCUUCCUCAACCUCUUGUGUCAGAAACAAACACCAACCACCAUUAAUGGCUGACAUUACCCAUCUUCCCAUGGAACAGCUUCAGGACCUUGAGUACUGCCUAGACUCCAAUCCUCCAUGGGCUGAAACUGUCCUUCUAGCAUUUCAAAACUACAUAUUGAUGCUGGGAACAAGUGUGAUGAUUCCUUCAUUGAUCGUUCCGGCCAUGGGAGGAAGUGAUGGUGAUAAGGCACGUGUGAUUCAGACUCUGCUCUUUGUAUCUGGUAUUAACACUCUUCUCCAAGCGCUUUUUGGUACCAGAUUGCCAGCAGUAGUAGGAGGUUCAUUUGCGUAUGUUGUUCCAGUUGCUUACAUUAUCACUGACUCCUCAUUGCAAAAGAUUACUGAUCCUCAUGAAAGAUUUAUACAAACAAUGAGAGCAAUACAAGGAGCACUUAUUGUGGCCUCAAGUAUUCAGAUAAUCCUGGGUUACAGCCAAGUAUGGGGACUUUUUUCAAGAUUUUUCAGUCCUCUUGGUUUGGCACCUGUAGUUGGAUUGGUUGGAUUAGGGUUAUUUGAACGCGGAUUCCCUGUGUUAGGAAACUGCGUAGAAAUUGGUAUACCAAUGCUGUUGCUGGUAGUUGGGUUGUCACAGUACCUAAAGCAUGUGAGACCAUUUAGAGAUAUCCCUAUCUUUGAACGUUUUCCAGUGUUGAUUUGUGUCCCAAUUGUUUGGAUCUACGCUGUUAUAUUGACCGCCAGCGGAGCUUACAGAGAUAAACAUUUCAGAACACAACAAAGCUGUCGUACAGACAGAGCAAAUCUAAUCUCUGCUGCCCCAUGGUUCAUGUUCCCUUACCCCCUCCAAUGGGGUCCACCUACAUUUUCUGCUGGCCAUUCAUUUGCUAUGAUGUCAGCAGUUAUUGUCUCCAUGGUCGAGUCUACUGGAGCAUACAAGGCAGCGUCGCGGUUAGCGAUUGCCACUCCACCUCCUGCUUAUGUAUUGAGUCGAGGCAUUGGUUGGCAGGGUAUUGGCAUCUUGCUUGAUGGUCUUUAUGGGACAGGGACAGGUUCCACGGUUUCUGUGGAAAAUGUGGGACUCCUUGGACUAACCCGAGUUGGAAGUCGCAGAGUAGUUCAGAUUUCUGCUGGCUUUAUGAUAUUCUUCUCUACUUUAGGAAAGUUUGGAGCUGUGUUUGCAUCUAUACCCUUCCCUAUAUUUGCUGCUCUAUACUGCAUUCUCUUUGGCCUUGUGGCUUCAGUUGGAAUAUCAUUUCUUCAGUUCACAAACUUGAACUCUAUGAGAAAUCUCAUCAUCAUUGGGCUCACAUUGUUCCUUGGAAUAUCUGUUCCUCAACUCUUCAACCAAUACUGGACUCCUGCGCGACAUGGCCUUGUUCAUACUAAUGCUGGAUGGUUCAAUGCAUUCUUAAACACCAUAUUCUCAUCACCAGCAACAGUUGGUCUUAUAGUAGCAGUGUUGCUUGACAACACACUCGAGGUAGAAAAGUCAAAGAAAGACCGAGGGAUGCCAUGGUGGGUGAAGUUUAGAACGUUUAGAGGAGACAAUAGAAAUGAAGAGUUCUACACUUUGCCAUUUAAUCUCAACAGGUUCUUUCCACCUACUUGAGAAUGAUGAGGAUAAACAAGUGGAAUUUGGAUUAUUGUUGUUAGAGAAUUCCUAAAUUCAUGCGGUUAAGGAAUGUAAGUCGUUCGAUUAAGAUCCGAUGGCUCAAAUCUUAAGCUUAUCUCUGCCGUCUAAUGUUGAUGGAAUGUAUUGAGCUGACUGAUCUUGAUCAAACGGUUCAACUUCUUUAACUGCGUGAAUGUAGGAUUACCCUUACGGCAAAGAAUCCAAAUCCAAAGAAGUGGGGUAGAGCACAUUUUUUUGGAGUUGCAGAAUUCAUGACAUGACUAACAAAUGCUAUUCUUCAUUGUUCAUUCACCAACCACCACCAACCAAGUUAUUUUUUGUGGACCAUGAGUAAACAAACCUUGGUCCGACACUGGAUUGUAAAGCAUUUUGGCACAUGCUCAGUAGAUGUAAUAAAUGCUACUUACUAAUGAGUUCUGUUUCUAGAUGUACAUGUCUCAACAACUGAAUUUAGUGAACUUCUUUACACUCUUAACUUAUUCAAGAAUGGUCAUUUUCCU